CAGCCCCAGCCCUAGGCCUAGUAGUGCGGUCCAACCGCAACCUGUUGCACCUGUGUCCGAUACACUUCAGCCCCACAGUGCUGUCGAUACUUCCGCAAGUUCAGUAGCCGACACCUCUAAAGUGAGGCAUGAUUCAAUGAGUAAGGUUCUCUCCAAAAAAUAUCUCGCGUGGAUUAAUAUAUUGUAUCAUGCAGGCAAACGAGAUUCUGCAUCUCCACAACCAGAUGAUAGUAUCUUUGAACUUGCUAAUGACGAGGACGAUGAAGAUGUUCGUGCGAAGAUGCAAGAUGGUGCACCAGAUCAGAUAUCUGCUGCCGACUAUGACCCCAGUCUAGAUCGCCGAGAGGAUGAACAAAGGCGAGUCCUCAAAGACGAACCCAUGGAUGUAGAAACUAUUGAGGAAGAGGAGGAAGAUGAAGAAGAGGACAAUGUCGAUGACAUGUUCGCAGCAGCUAUAACCGAGAAGAAGCGAAAGAAAGUCAAGAAAGUUGUUAAAAAUGCAGCACCCGCCCUUAUCACAACGACGUUAGACUCCGCCUCAGAUCAUGAGGAUUAUUACCAAGUUAUCCUUGGUGAGCAACUUGAUGGUGGUCGGUACCAGGUCUUCUCUUCUCUUGGAAAGGGAAUGUUUGCCAAUGUUGUCCGGGCACGCGUUCUUCAAGAUGCAGAAACCGGCAAAGAGGUGGCUAUCAAAAUCAUCAGGAGUCAGGAAUCUAUGCAUCGUGCUGAUCUAAAGGAAGUGCAGAUAUUGAACAAGUUAAAACAGGCUGACCCAGAAGACAAGAAGCACAUCGUCCGGCUAGAGAGAACUUUUGAACACCGCGGACACCUUUGUAUUGUGUUUGAGUCCAUGAGCAUGAACCUUCGAGAUGUUGUGAAGCGCUUUGGAAAGGAUGUCGGUCUGAACAUCAAGGCCGUCAGAGCUUAUGCACACCAACUUUUCCUUGCGUUAAGUCUUCUCAAGAAAGUCAACAUUAUGCAUGCAGACAUCAAGCCUGACAACUCAUUGGUGAGAUUCGAUUUAGCUCUGGCACCUGUCGAUUCACUAACGACAAAUUCAAGUUAA